AAUGCUUAUAAGCAGGAACAAGCUGAUUUUACUACUAGGAAUAGUCUUUUUUGAACGAGGUGAAUCUGCAACUCUUUCGCUCCCCAAAGCUCCCAGUUGUGGGCAGAGUCUGGUUAAGGUACAGCCUUGGAAUUAUUUUAACAUUUUCAGUCGCAUUCUUGGAGGAAGCCAAGUGGAGAAGGGUUCCUAUCCCUGGCAGGUGUCUCUGAAACAAAGGCAGAAGCAUAUUUGUGGAGGAAGCAUCGUCUCACCACAGUGGGUGAUCACGGCGGCUCACUGCGUUGCAAACAGAAACAUUGUGUCUACUUUGAAUGUUACUGCUGGAGAAUAUGACUUAAGCCAGACAGACCCAGGAGAGCAAACUCUCACUAUUGAAACUGUCAUCAUACAUCCACAUUUCUCCACCAAGAAACCAAUGGACUAUGAUAUUGCCCUUUUGAAGAUGGCUGGAGCCUUCCAAUUUGGCCACUUUGUGGGGCCCAUAUGUCUUCCAGAGCUGCGGGAGCAAUUUGAGGCUGGUCUUAUUUGUACAACUGCAGGCUGGGGCCGCUUAACUGAAGGUGGCGUCCUCUCACAAGUCUUGCAGGAAGUGAAUCUGCCUAUUUUGACCUGGGAAGAGUGUGCGGCAGCUCUGUUAACACUAAAGAGGCCCAUCAGUGGGAAGACCUUUCUUUGCACAGGUUUUCCUGAUGGAGGGAGAGACGCAUGUCAGGGAGAUUCAGGAGGUUCACUCAUGUGCCGGAAUAAGAAAGGGGCCUGGACUCUGGCCGGUGUGACUUCCUGGGGUUUGGGCUGUGGUCGAGGCUGGAGAAACAAUGUGAGGAAAAGUGAUCAAGGAUCCCCUGGGAUCUUCACAGACCUUAGUAAAGUGCUUCCCUGGAUCCACGAACACAUCCAAACUGGUAAUCAGAGAAAGAGCUCCAGAGCCUGGUGCAGUGAGCAGGAUGUCAUAGUCAGCGGGGCUGAGGGGAAGCUGCACUUCCCAGAAAGCCUCCACCUAUAUUAUGAGAGCAAGCAACGGUGUGUCUGGACCCUGCUGGUACCAGAGGAAAUGCAUGUGUUGCUCAGUUUUUCCCACCUAGAUGUUGAGUCUUGUCACCACAAUUACCUGUCAAUGUAUUCUUUAGAAGACAGACCCAUUGGAAAAUUUUGUGGAGAAAGCCUCCCUUCAUCCAUUCUUGUUGGCUCUAAUUCUCUAAGGCUGAAAUUCAUCUCUGAUGCCACAGAUUAUGAAGCUGGGUUUAAUCUUACCUAUAAAGCUCUUAAACCAAACUACAUUCCUGAUUCAGGUUGCAGUUACUUAACUGUCCUUUUUGAAGAAGGUCUCAUACAGAGUCUAAACUAUCCUGAAAACUACAGUGACAAGGCUAACUGUGACUGGAUUUUUCAAGCCCCCAAACAUCACCUAAUUAAGCUUUCAUUUCAGAGUCUGGAAAUAGAAGAAAGUGGAGACUGCACUUCCGACUAUGUGACAGUGCACAGCGAUGUAGAAAGGAAGAAGGAAAUAGCUCGGCUGUGUGGCUAUGAUGUCCCCACCCCUGUGCUGAGCCCCUCCAGCAUCAUGCUCAUCAGCUUCCAAUCAGAUGAAAAUGGGACCUUCAGGGGCUUUCAGGCUACAGUCUCCUUCAUUCCUAAAGCAGUAUACCCAGAUUUAAACAUCUCCAUAUCAGAGGAUGAAUCAAUGUUUCUGGAGACAUGAGAUGUGCCAAAUGGAGAAACCAAUGUUUCUGGUAAGCUGUUUUGGGGACCAAGUGAUACACACAGAGUAUAAUCCAGGGUUCAACCGGAGAAGCAGGUGAUAUGGAUUUAAUUCCAUCUUCCUCCAAAAUAUACUGGAGUCCUAACCUCCAGUACCCCAGAAUGUGACCUUAUUUAGAGAUAGGGUUGUUACAGAGUUAAUCAGUUAAAAUGAGGUUAUUAGCCUGGGCCCUAAUCCAGUAUGACUACUGUCCUUAUUAAAAGGAGAAAAUUGGAAGCAGAGAGACAUACACACACAGGGAGAAUAUCGUGUAAUGAUGAAGGCAGAGGUUGGGGCAAUACAUUAUCUACAGGCCAAGGGGCACCAGUGACUGUCAGGAAACCACCAGAAGCUAGAGGAGAGGCUUGGAGCAGACUCCUCAUCACAGCCCUCAGGCAGAGCGAACCCUGCCGACACCUUGAUCUUGGACUUCUAGCCUCCAGAACUAUGAGACAAUAAAUUUCUGUUGUUCUAAGCCACCUAGUUUGUGGUACUUUGUCAUGGCAACCCUAGCAAACUGAUACACCAGAAUUGGCUUAUGCAAUUGUGGGGGCUGACU